CCAUUACGAGGCGGGAAAAAGGCAAAUCGGGCGGGAAUGUCGCGGCACGCCGACGUGCGGGAGAGACUGUACCAUCGUGAAUCGCAGAUGGACGUAUGUACGCUUUCGCGGGAGAUGGCGAGUCGCCCGACGUAAAUUGUGAAUUCUCGUCGGGCUCGUCGAUUCGACAACGUUGGAAAGAUUGUUUCGCGACAUUGGCUAGUGAUCACCGAUCAUCUGAUCGUAGAGCGGAACAGACUCCGCGCGAGACUCCGUAGUUACACACGCACAUUCCACUGAGUGGCUGUACCACAUUCAAUGACAUUUUGUUCGGGAUCGAUCGGUCGUAGCAACUUGCGUAUAAAUCCACUGAGUACGACGUUUCAUCGAUAAAAUCGUCCAUAAAGAAUCAUGGCACCUACUGUCCCAAGUGAACCAAGCUGCAGCAACAAGAGGGUAACGCGCAGCAGAAAACUCACUGACAAGGAGGAAUAUGGUGCAGCAAGUGGUUCAAAUGCUGACAAAACUCCAUCUGUCCUAGACCUGUUUGCCAAACAUGUUUUAAAAAAAAAGAAACUGAAUGUUGAAAAAAUCAGUGAGACAGAAGCAUCAGUUCCAUUGCAUGAAGAAAAACAUAAUGGAGGACUAGAUUUAAGUAUUACAGUAGAAUUUGAUAAAGAAAAUCACAAUCCUCAAAUGAAUCAAGAUCAAACAGAGGAGCAGCUAGAGAAAAGGAUAAAAGUAGAACAUGAAGAGAAGCAGCAAUCAAUACCUGAUGUUAAAGUGCGGGACACUUUACCAAUCGUCAGUCGAUGCGAAUAUUGUAAACAAAAAAUAGACUUUGACUUAAAGUUGUAUCAGGGGCACCCAAAUGGUGCAGUAGAAGAGCAAAUAGCUUUAACAGAUCCCAAGCUCUGUUUAUUCACAGGAGAUGAAUCUUUUAUACAUGAAAGUGACGAGAGACCACAAAAUAAAUUAACUUAUUUUAGUGUUUAUGAUAAGAAUGGGCAUCUGUGUUCUUUUGACACAGGACUCAUAGAAAAGAAUGUAAUGUUAUAUUUUUCUGGAUACAUGAAAGCCAUUUACGAAGAAGAUCCGUCGCCCGAAGGAGGUGUACCAACAAAAGAUAUGGGGCCAAUAAAUGAGUGGUAUGUUUCUGGAUUUGAUGGAGGUGAAUUAGCAUUGAUAGGUUUUAACACAGCAUUCGCGGAAUAUAUUUUGAUGGAACCAUCUGAAGCUUAUGCGCCAUUUAUGGCUGCUGUUAGAGAAAAGAUAUACAUGAGCAAAUUGGUCAUAGAGUUUUUGUUAGACGAAAUUACUCCGAGCUAUGAAGACUUAUUGAAUAAGCUACAGACAUCAGUACCUCCUAAGGGUAUGAAGAAAUUCACCGAAGAUUCACUGUUGCGUCACGCUCAGUUUAUUUGUGAUCAAGUGGUGUCUUUUGACGAUUCCGCUGAGGUCGACGAUGCUCUUCUCAUUACCAGUCCAUGUAUGCGAUCUCUUGCAAAUUACGGUGGUGUCACGUUAGGCAAAAGAACGGCUGUACGUCGGCAACCUCCUCGUAAACAAAAAAUGAAACAGCCUAUCUGGACGAAAGCUACCACGACGAAAUUAGUCAGCUAUAUGUUCGAGAAUUUUUUUUCUGAUCAGCUUGCUAAGCAUGAUGAUGGUGAUAAAAUAACAAUGUGUCCUAAAAGACAACGUUGUGGUAUUUGCGAGAAUUGUCAGCAGCCCGAUUGCGGCGCUUGUGUAUCUUGCAAAGAUAUGAUUAAGUUUGGAGGAACUGGAAGAAGCAAACAAGCAUGUGUUAGAAGAAGAUGCCCCAACAUGGCAAUUCAAGAAGCAGACGAUUCUGAUCCAGAGAAUGAAGAAGAUGAUGGUCUAGAAAACGAUGAAAAAGUGGAAGAGAAACCGAAAAAGGACUUUAAGGAACUUAAAAAGGAUAUAGUGUGGAUAGAGGAGGACAAAAUUGUCGAGGGACAGAAAACAUAUUACAAGUCGGUUAUGGUUGGGAACGAAAGAAUUGAGUUAAACGAUUAUGUUCUCGUGGAGCCGAGAAAUCCAGCAAUUCCUCUACAUAUUGCUAAAGUUAUGUAUAUGUGGGAAAGUAAAGUAAGUGGAGUAAAACAGUUUCACGCGAAUUGGUUUCGUAGAGGUACGGAUACCAUUCUCGGUGAAACUGCGGAUCCUUUGGAAGUAUUCCUAAGCGACGAUUGCGAGGACGUACCGUUUAAAUCAGUCAACUCGAAAGCAACCGUAAUCCACAAGGAAACGCAUGAGAAUUGGUCUGAAUUAGGUAAUAUGGAUAUAUACGAUACUAUAAAAGAUAUAGAUGGUAAAACAUUCUUUUAUAAGAUGAGAUAUACUCCUGAAACCGCUCGAUUUGAGGAUCCAUUGCCAGAUCCGGAAUGUUUACGGAAAGAGAACAGUCAUCGAUUCUGCACAGCUUGCGUUCAUCUGAGAACGUUAGAACAAUACAACAGGCCGAGAGUCUGUGAACGAUUAGAAGAGAAAAGCAGUAGGGAAGUGACCUAUGGUAUGGUGAAGUACAAAAAUAAUGAAUACAGAGUCGGCAAUGCGGUGUUUUUACAGCCAAGCGCUUUCAAAUUUAAAUAUGUGUGGUCAUGCCAAGAGAUUCCAUUGCCAAAGAAGGAAAACGUAGACGAGGAUUUAUACCCGGAAUUUUAUAGAAAAUCUUCGGAUCACUUACGGAUCAAGGGCUCAAAUUUGCACACGCCCGAACCUUUCCAUAUAGGCUAUAUAAAUGCGAUAUACGCCACCACGAAUAAUGUACUGGUUUCACCCUCGGAUAUCUAUAUCAGAGUAAACAGAAUGUAUAGACCAGAAAAUACUCAUCGUGAUUCAACGUUAAUGGAACAAGCAGACCUUAACAUGGUCUAUUGGAGCGACGAAGUGUUCAAUGUAAGAUUUACCGAAGUCGCUGGAAAAUGUUACCUGGCGUAUUCUGAAAAUCUGGGCGAAUCCGUCGAGGAUUGGUGCAAUCGCGGUCCAUAUAGGUUUUAUUUCACUGAGGCUUAUAACGCUAAGGAGAAAACAUUCGAUGAGCCACCUUACAACAUUAUUAAUUUGGGUAAACCAGGGAAAGGCAAAGGAAAAGGUAAACAGAAAACAAAGACUGUGGAAGAAACAGAAAGUAAACCAAUUAUUGAUAAACCAGUGGAGUAUUCCACUGUAACGAGAAAGCUCAGGACAUUGGAUAUUUUUGCUGGUUGCGGAGGAUUAUCUGAUGGAUUGCAUGAAGCUGGAGUAGCUGAGACCUUAUGGGCAAUCGAGAAAGAAGAACCGGCAGCAUAUGCAUAUCGUUUGAAUUAUCCUAACGCUACGGUGUUCUCGACCGACUGCAAUACGUUGUUGCGAAAAGUGAUGAAGGGCGAUCUUACGGACGGUAGUGGGCAAAGAUAUCCGCAGAAAGGCGAAGUCGAACUUUUGUGCGGCGGACCACCUUGUCAAGGUUUCAGCGGCAUGAAUCGUUUCAAUCUACGCCAAUACUCAUUAUUCAAGAAUUCUCUCGUCGUCUCUUGUCUAUCCUUCCUUGAUUACUACAGACCGAAAUUUUUCGUCAUGGAGAACGUGCGAAAUUUCGCGAGUUUCAAGAGGAGUAUGGUGUUGAAAUUGACUUUCUGUUGCCUUGUUCGAAUGGGUUAUCAGUGUACAUUCGGUAUUCUUCAAGCCGGCAAUUACGGCGUGCCGCAAACGAGAAGAAGAUUAAUAAUCUUAGCUGCCGCACCUGGAGAGACGCUUCCGAAUUAUCCAGAACCAACAAAUGUUUUUACCAGACGAUGUUGUCGAUUGAGUGUAGUAGUGGACAAUAGAAAGUAUUCUUCAAAUUGCACCUGGAAAGAAUCCGCGCCAUACAGAACGAUUAGCGUGAAAGACGCUAUGUCCGAUUUACCACCUAUCAAGAACGGCUGGAGCAAUGAGGAAAUGCCUUAUGGUAGUGAACCAUUGUCUCACUUUCAGAGAAAGGUGAGAGGUAAACAAUAUCAGCCCAUGUUGAGGGAUCACAUAUGCAAAGAAAUGGCUCCGCUCGUAGAGGCACGAAUAGCUCAUAUUCCGACCGCAAGCGGCUCUGAUUGGCGCGAUUUGCCGAAUAUUGCUCUGCAAUUGAGCGACGGUAUUUUCGCUAAAAAACUAGAAUACACAUACAACGAUAAGAGAGCUGGAAAAAGUUCAACGGGCGCUCUUCGCGGAGUAUGUAGUUGCAGCACUAAUCGGCCGUGUGAUCCCACUGAUAAGCAAUUUAACACUUUGAUACCAUGGUGUCUGCCACAUACCGGAAAUCGGCACAAUCACUGGUCAGGAUUAUACGGUAGGCUGGAAUGGGAAGGAUUUUUUGGCACAACCAUCACUAAUCCCGAGCCAAUGGGCAAACAGGGCCGCGUUUUACAUCCGAUGCAAACGCGAGUCGUAAGUGUGAGAGAAUGCGCGAGAUCACAAGGAUUCCGAGACUCUUUUCGCUUCUACGGCACAGUGCUCGACAAGCAUCGGCAAGUUGGCAACGCGGUGCCGCCGCCCUUGGGAGCUGCUGUCGGACAUGAAAUCAGAAAGUGCAUCCGCAACGAGACGUUGAAAUUAGAAUCUAUCAAUAGUUGUACUGCUAAAGCAGCGAAAGUAAAGGCAGCCGGACUGAAAACGGAGAUUACUGUCGAAGCAAACGUUCGUAAAAGUUUGACGAAGAGCGUACCUGAAAGCGAAGCGAGCACCAGUUGUGUUAAACACGAAAUCGCGGCCUCUAGUAGCUCUACAUAGAUGAGAAACUGAAAGAGAAGAAAGUGAAAUUGGUCGUUGAGGGGAAUUGUGUAAUGUGGUUUUCUGUUUGUGUCUAUUAUUUGUAUCUAUCAAUUAUACUACAUAAUUCCAUAUAAUGAUAGUACUCAGUAUUAAGCGACUCUGACACUUGAUUUUAUGUGUAUCUGACGCAACGAUAAUGGCAAAAUAUCUUGUUAAUCGACAGAAUCAAUGGUCGCAAAUUUUACAUGUAAAAAUGUUGAAAUAGAUUUAUAAAUGGUAUGUUGUAAUUGUAGAAAGAGGAGGAGACAGAGAAAGAGAGAUGGUUAUAUAGGUCAUUUUCAUUAAAUGUGUUUAUUAUAUAUCUAAUCAAAUAUAUACGAGCCAGUAGUAGCUUCGCAUAAAAAUGGAAAA